CUUUCAUUGUGCACAACUGCAUCCCUUUUUAAAACGCUGGCUUUAAAACACAGUGCAGCUCUAUGCUUUGCUCUAUGUUUUACAGGAUGCUGGUCGUUAGUUAAUCCCCCAGCUAUUCGAGCCCAGCUCCAUUUCCUGAGUAAUUUAUUGUUCCGCCUCACAUUUGAAUGAGAGGGCUCUUACUCAGAGCACAUGGAAUGCCCUGACGUCAUUAGCCAGAACAGCUACAAAAGAAUGAAAAUACAUCUGCUCUGCAUUCUCUCCGGAUAGGAACUCUGCUGAUGUGUUUAAGUUGUUGUCUGGACUGCUGUGAUUUCCGUUCCCAGUCAAUUCCAGACCUCAUAAUUUGAGGCUAAAAGGAAUGAAAACCCUCUCCGAAAGCUUGGAUAAAAAAAGGAUCCUCACUUUAAGAAACCUGACUGGCCUCCUAAACUUUUACAGGAUCUGUUUUAAAGAAAGGCCACACCACUACUCUGAAAAUGCUGCAGCAGAUUUUAAAGGAGAUGUACAUAGACCCUGAUGUUCUGGAGGCUCUGAACGAGGAACAGAAAAAGAUCUUGUUCUUGAAGAUGAGGCAGGAACAGGUGAGACGGUGGACAGAAAGAGAAGAGAACUUCGAAAAGCAAAGAGAAUGCUUAAACAGUCCGAAGCCGAAACAAGCUUCCCCCAAGUCUGUGAGCUGGCUUCUGGGGAACGACGGGGACGUGCAUGUCUGUGUCAUUGGAGAAGCAGCAGGGGCCAAGCCCUACGACCUCAUCCACUCGCAGGUAGACGACAAGAGAGAGACGAACAACCACAAUGCAAGAGCUCCUGUUUCGGAAACCUUUCAAAAAACACUCAGCACUCCUCAGGAAGAUGGAAUACAGCUUAAUUUUCAGACAGCAGAAAAGGAAGAGGACACUGCAGAUCCAAUGACAGAACUAAAGGACUCAGGGCUGUACUAUCGACCACAUCUCCAGCACAAGGAACCCCAGUCUCUGGCACUCAGACUAUCGGCUAGAGACCGUCAGGAAGAAAAAGCAGGCCGAGAUUUCAAGAUUGUGCCAGCAGCUCGGAGACCAAUGCUCAGCUCUGACAGUGAAGAAGCCAAUCAGUCUCCAGACAACCCCACGGCCCAAGGCCGGGUAGCUGAACUGCGGAAGAAUUUCAACCAUUUACAAGUAACCAGUGGAAAAAACACUCUGUCUCGCGUGAAGCCACCCCUUCCAGCAAAACCAACCACCUUUCAGUUAAUGUCUUCAGCUGGAUUCAGCAAUUCCCCACACAGCUCAGGAGAAAGAAGGUUCAGUGGGCGUCCUCCGAUCCCACGACCAAGCCAGCUUCCUCUUUUAGACCCAGGAACUCAAGUGCAGAUGUCAGUGAGUAACCGGCCUCUGGAAGACAAAGGCUAGCCCUGCAGGUGUCUGUCUGAGCUCACCAGGUGCCUGGCUGGCAGAGCCCACUGUAGCAUGAUGAGGGGAAACAGUUCCUUUGGGUUUGCCUGUCGGUUUCACCACAGCUAAUUUUACACUCCCUCAGGAAUCUCCAGCAAAGACCGGUGACUUCGCACAGCCAAGUCAUAAACCUGUGCUCCCCUGACUGUAUGACUCACCCUGCACACCACGCCACAUGCAGAAUAUUUUGUUAUUCCUC